AUGGAAGAGUUGUUAAUAAGCAUAGUGCAAGAUGAAAUUGUGCAUAAGUUAAAACUCAGCAAUACGCUGCUAAUUAUAGCCUCCACAGGUAGUGGAAAAUCAACACUUUUGCCCGGAAUUCUGGUGUCAAAUGGAUACACUGAUAAUGGCAUCGUCGGUAUAUCACAACCGAGACGAGUUGCAGCAAUUUCUCUGGCCAAAAGAGUGUCUUCGCUCCUAAAUUGUAAAAUUGGCGGAUUUGUAGGGGUUUCAGUGAGAUUCCACAACAACACAACAGCACAAACCAGAGUGCUGUUUGCCACUGAUGGAAUUUUGGUACGUGAAGCACUAAUUGAUCCCAUUUUUAGUAGGUUUAGUGUGAUAAUUGUUGAUGAAGCUCACGAAAGAUCGCUAAGGAGUGAUGUCUUAUUUGGGCUACUAGUCAUUGCACAGCGUAGGAGACCUGAGCUAAAGGUCGUUAUUAUGUCUGCAACAUUGGAGUAUGAAAAUUUUGUCAAGUUUUUUAAGGAUGUUCAACUUGUCAAGGUGGAGGGUAGGCAGCAUCCCAUUGAAAUUCACCAUAUAAGAUCGGAAUGCGAGGAUUACUUAGAGGCUGCGGUAUUUGCUACUCUAAUGAUAAAUUCUAGAUCCGAACCUGGUGAUAUUUUAGUAUUUUUACCGGGACAAGAAGAAAUAGAGUCUUUUUGUGGCAUUUUAAAUUCUAAGCUCAAGAAAAUUGAGCAGGAAGCCAAGGGUAAAACGCCUAAAUCUGUUCUACUGAGAAUUGGUAAAAGGACUUGUAAUUACUCGCAAUGGAUGCAAAUGGUUAUUUUGCCCUUGUACGCAGCACUACCUCUGGCCCAGCAGGAACUUGUGUUUGUAAAGGCUCAUAAUAUGAGAAAGGUAAUUGCUGCCACCAACAUCGCUGAAACAUCACUCACAAUUCCAGGUGUUAGAUUUGUUGUGGACUCUGGUCUUGAGAAACAAAAAUCUUUCUCGGCGAAGAGAGGUAUUGAAGUUCUAGCCCUUAAAAUCAUAUCAAAGGCUUCAGCUAGACAACGAGCAGGUCGAGCUGGUAGGGAGUCUAAAGGAUUUGUCUAUCGAAUUUAUACUAAGGACUCCUUUGACAAGAUGCCUGAAUUUACCACGCCUGAAAUCUUACGCACUAAUGUUACUCAGCCCUUCUUAGAGCUAGCCGCUAUGGGCAUAAAAGGCAUUUCAGAGUUCCCUAUGAUAGAUUCUCCCAGUCAAGAAUCCUUUUUGGUUGCAAUUGCCACGCUGUGUAGGCUAGGUGCAUUGGAUAGAGCUGGCAGUAUUACUGAAAUGGGUAAACUGAUUGUCAAAAUACCCACCAGUCCAAUUUAUGCCAAAUUGCUUAUAAUUUCAAGACAUUUAAAUUGUUUUGAUGAGAUCCUAACUAUGGUAUCAAUGCUUUCAGUAGAUGUGCCCUGGAUAACCAAUUUUUCUGGCAGUAGUAAUAAAGGUUUUAAGAAUGCCAAAAUGCGCAUUUCAAACACAAGUAGUGACCAUUUGACCCUCAUAAAUCUAUAUAAUCUGUACAAAAAGUCCAAAAACCCAGAAAGCUUCUGUGCCGCUUUUGGUAUAAAACACAAUGUAAUGAAGUAUGCAGAGCAAAUUAGAAUCCAAUUAGAGUCAAUUGUUGAUACUCUAAGCAUCGAUGCCACAAAAAUUAAUAUGAAACUUCAGCCACCAGAAUUUGAAGACCCGAAUGACUAUGUACUAUGGACACUCGCUCAAGGAAGUUGGAUUAAAACGGCAAUACUUGACCCUGAUAAGUUGCACUACAGGACCAUUCUGGAGAAACAAAAGGUAAAGAUUCAUCUAUCCUCAGUGAUUAACCGUACAAAACUGCCAAAUUAUAUUGUGUACGAUGAAUGUGUGUCAACCAGUACUACUUACGUGAGAAUUGUCAGUUCCCUGGAUAAAUUUGACAUUAGAAAGCCAGAAAAGUGA